CCUAAUUGUUGUGAUAAACUUAUUAAAUAGGGAAUUUAAUGCCACGCGAAUCAGUUGAACACAUGGAAUUCGAUUUGUUGGAAGUUCACGCCAAAAGAGCUGAUUGCUAAAAUCAAUGUGAAAAAAAUGGCAGACGAUGAGAAGAAAAAUGGAGAGACGGAACUGGAGUUGGUGAAAGAUUUGGACAUGUCCUCAAUUGACGAAGAAGAUGAUUCAUUCAAUGCGUGCAACUUCGUCUUUCUCGAACAAAUCUCGGAUAGAAUUACGUCAUUCGUUCAAGGUGUCUUCCACAGAAUCGGAGGGUUUUGUGGAAGAUACCCCUGGGCAUCUCUUCUGAUUGGGUUCGCCAUCUUUGCCCUUCCACUGGUGGGGCUGAGAAGAUACCACGAAGAGACUAAUGCAUCCAAGUUGUGGGUCCCAAGCAAUUCUAGGGCGGUGGGCGAUGCGAGGAUGUCGGAGCAGUGGUUCCCGGCUAUGUUGCGGGUAGUACGCGUCAUCAUAACUGCAGAUGGCGGGGAUGUGCUCACUCCCGAGGCACUGACCAGGGCGGUGGAGUUGGACGAGAGCAUCAAGAACAUCGCGGUGCAGAGUGAGGGUGAGAACGGAACGACAGUUGAUCUGAGCUUUGCUCAAGUGUGCUACCACGCGGGACCUCAGUGCAUGCAGAUGUCCAUUCUGCAGUUGUGGCAGUAUGACAAAGCAACCAUCCAGAAACUGACCAAGCAGCAAAUUUUGACUGCUAUCCACCAAUCCAAGUCAAGUGGAUCGAGUAGGAUGGGCAUGAGUGUGGAUGUGGUGCAGUACCUGGGAGGAGUGGAGGUGUCCAGCAAUGGCAGCAGUAGUGCCAGUGGGGGACAGACAGAGAUAGAAAGUGCAGAGGCAAUGUCCAUGACAUACUUCAUCCAGACUUACGAGAACAGACUCAAUCCAGAGCCGUACGUUCUUGAGUGGGAGCAGCGGUUUCUUGACACUUGUUCAGAGGGAAUCGAAGGCUACUCUGUGUAUUACCUGGCAGUGAGGAGCUUCAGUGACAUCGGGGGAGGCACCAUCAAAGGAGACCUGCGGUUCCUAGGAGUGGGAUACAUCCUAGUCAUACUUUACCUCACAAUUAACCUCGGCAAUCUCAACUUCCUAGAGAGCAAGUUCUGGGUGGCGUUGGGUGGAAUAGUGUGCAUCGUGAUGUCAAUGGCCUUCUCUGUGGGAUUCUCCUCCCUCCUCGGAUUCGCAGCUGGACCCCUGAACAGACUCCUCCCAUUCCUACUGCUAGGAAUCGGAGUGGACAACAUGUUUGUGUUUGUGGCUGCCUAUGACAACCUGAGCAGUGAGGAGAAGAAGGGGUUGGAAGUGAGUGAGAAGAUUGCUCUCAUGGUGAAACAUGCAGGAGUCUCCAUCCUCAUCACUUCACUCACUGACUUCUCCGCUUUCGCCAUCGGAGCAUCCACGAUUAUCCCCUCUCUCAGAUCCGUCUGUUUGUUCUCUGCAUUCGGCAUAGUGGGUGUCUUCCUCGUCACCCUCUUCUUCUUCACCGGCAUCCUCACUUAUGACCAAAAAAGGAAAGAAGCCAACAGAUACGCAUGUCUGUUCUGCUGCAAACUCCCCUCUGAUUACUCUCCCAAUGAGUGCAGCAAGAGGCCUCUCUUCUACAGAUUCUUCGACCACAUUGCAACCACAGUUCUAGCUCUUCUACCUGUAAAAAUUGUGGUUGUGGUGGUUGCUCUGUUGCUGUUUGCAAUUGGGUUGGCGGGAACUGUGCAGAUAGAACAGGACUACCAGGAGGACUGGUUCAUCCCGGAGGGCAACUACUUCUACGACUACAUCCAGAUAUCCAAGCAGUACUUCCAAAGCGACGGAGACGAGGCGUUCGUUUUCUUCGGAGCAGUGGACUACUAUGCGAAUGACGAGAAACUUCUGCGGUUGCCAGAAGAGCUGGGAGCGAUGCCUCAGAUUGCCUCCAGCAGGAUCGACUUCUGGCUCACUGCAUACUAUGGCUGGCUCAAUCAGACCACUGAUGCAUCUGUCAUAGACUCAACAGAUAGCAAGCGUCGUCCAAAAGAUGCUGACGAGUUUAUUCGGCUGCUCAAUUUGUUCCUACAACGUCCUUCUGGAAUGAAAUAUGAGAGGGAUAUUAAUAUGAACGAGGAACAAACAGUUAUCACGAGUUCCAGAAUGCUGGUUUGGUUCUACAAGACAUCCAAGAGUUCGGAAGGAAUUGAAGCUAUGGACAACUCCAGAGCCAUAGUGGACAGUGUGGGUCUGGGCAAUGAGAAUGCCUUCAUCUACUCUAGGAUUCUGUUCACGUGGGAAGGCUUCACAGUGAUCCGUGCGGAGCUGUUUCGCAACGUGGGUCUUGCAUUUGCAGUGGUCUUCCUAGUCUGUAUGAUCCUCAUCGCCAACAUUAUCACUGUACUCCUAGUGCUCUGCUGUGUCGUAUUCACUAUGGUGGAAGUGGUGGGUGUGUUGUACUUCUGGGGUCUAACCAUCAAUGUGGUGACCACCAUCAACAUCGUCCUCUCCAUCGGCCUGGUGGUGGACUAUGCCGCCCACAUUGGACACUCGUUCAUGCUCGCCUCCGGCUCCAAACAACAGCGUGUGCGUAAGUGUCUGCGUGCGAUGGGGGCUGCAGUGUUCAACGGGGGCAUCACCACCUUCCUUGCCUUCCUCCCACUCAUCAUGUCCAAGUCAUUCGUGUUCAGCACCUUCUUCAAGGUUUUUCUCCUCGUGGCUUUCUGUGGACUGUUCCAUGGACUUGUAUUUCUCCCAGUUGCCCUGAGUUGGUUCGGUCCCGCGCCCUAUUUGUCAGUACAGAGACAGAAGGAAAAGCAACAAUACACGGCCCCUACUCAUACUUCGGAGAAGAUAUCUGCUACGGUUGUUUGACGUAGUCAUCAUAUAAUAUGUGCUACAAUCCUUCGGUCUAUAGUGUCACAAAAACUUCAUUUUACAUCAGAAAAUGCUUGCAUUUUGGAAUUCUCAUUUAUACUAAUCAAAUUCAAUUCUAUACAGUCUAUGAUAUUAUUUGGGCAUGUGUUUUGCUUUUUAUCAUGUGCCAAUUCAAUUCUACAUUA